AUGAGAUGUUUGCUUUCUUCAAGAAUGCUCGCUUCCCUCGCGCACAGCAGACAAAUAGUCCCCUACUACACUGCCCACAUCCAUUCCUCUUUCUCGCUCUUGCCUCCUUGCUUUCCUCGCCGCUCUCUUGCUCCCUGCUCUCUUGCUCCCUGCUCUCUUGCUCCCUGCUCUCUUGCUCCCUGCUCUCUUGCUCCCUGCCCUCUUGCUCCCUGCCCUCUUGCUCCCUGCCCUCUUGCUCCCUGCCCUCUUGCUCCCUGCCCUCUUGCUCCCUGCUGUCUUGCUCCCCGCUCCCUUGUCCCCCGCUCUCUCGCCCGCUGCUCUCUUUACCCCUGCUCUCCUGCCUCCCGCUCCCUUCUUCCCCGCUCUGUUUCUCCCACUCUCUUAACCCCCACUCUCUUAACCCCCACUCUCUUUUCCACACCCUCUUACCCCCCCGCUCUCUUUCCCCCCGCUCUCGUCCCCCUCUCUCUCUUUCCCCCGCUCUCUUGCCCCCUGCUUUUUUCCCCCCCUGCUCUCUUCCCUCUCUAUUCUCCCCUCUCUUGCCCGGCCCCUCCCUUGGCACGCAAUGCAAUGCAGACGGAGGAUCGGCUGCCGAGCCUGGAGGAGCAGGGCGUGCGACAGCUCUUCCCCUCCACCAAGAAUAUCAGUGAGCACUCUCAACUCAACUAUCGCACCUUUUUAGGCGCCUCAAAGGGCAAGAAUGUCAGAGAGAAACUCUCAAGUAUCACUCGCACGCCCCCCGACAUGCCAUCAUGCCAUCAUGCCAUCAUGUCCCUCUGCCCUUUCCCUGUCUUCCCUGCCCCUGCCUGGUCUCGCCCGCGCCUGUCAUGUCCACUCCCAGACACGCGUGCAGAGCUCAAGGCACUGGGGCGAGACCUGGGCCUACUGGUGCUGGAGCAGGCAGGCAGCCGUGCUGGUGGAGCCACUUUAAAAGCACUGGGUCGGGAAUUAAACCCGCUGGUGCUGGAGCUGGCAGACGUGCUGGUGGAGCGGCCAUCAUGCCGUUAUGCCCUCCUCAUCCUCUCCACCCACUCACCCUCACCCCCCUCCUCCCCCUUAGACACACGAGCAGAGCUGAAGGCGUUAGGCCAGCUGAAGGCGUUGGGGCGGGAGCUGGGCCUGCUGGUGCUGGAGCUGGCAGACGUGUUGGUGGAGCGGCCAUCACAGGCAGGGCGGUGUGUGGAGGACAUCUCGCUGCUCUUCACCAACCUGCACUUCCUCCUCAACUCGCUGCGCCCUCAUCAGGCGCGGGCAACGCUAACACACAUACUCAAGACGCAGCUGGAGAUGCGCAAGCAGUCCUUACAAGGCAUCAAGGAGCAGCGAGCGGCAGUGUGGGAGGUGCUGAGGCUGGCGGUGGGAGAGGUGGAGGCGGCCACACAAGGGGUAGAGGGAGGAGGGACCAGCAGCAAGGGUGGUGCGGAGGGAGCGGAGGUGGAAGGAGGGGGAGGCGGCAAGCAGCAACACGAGGGGAAGGUGGAGCUGAGGACAGCAGCAAGGGUGGUGCAGGGGGCGGAGGUGGAGGGAGCGGGAGGCGGCAAGGCAAGCAAUGAAUGA